ACAAAAACAUAACCUCAAUCAAAGUCUUCAAAUCAUAGCGAUUGCCCAAUCAAUACGAAAAUAAAAUAAAAGUUUACUACUUUCACAGUAAAAUCAAAAUGAUCCGAAAUCUUUUGAAAUGUACUGUGCGAGGAAGAUAUACGAAUUGGGCAGUUAAAGGGGCAGAAUCCAAACAAGCGGCGCUGUUUUUAACAAGAUCUCAUGGAACUAAUCCGGAGACUGCGAAGGGAGACGCUAAAACAGAGUCCAAAAGAUUAGCUGAAUUUAGAAAGAAACUGAGGGAAACCACUUCUAUCACUGAUCUUGGAGAGCAAAGUGAAGCAGCGCCAAAGGAAGAUGCGCUGCCGCCGUGGCCGGAGAACACCAACCCGCACACGGGCGAGGUGGGCGGCCCGCGCGGCCCGGAGCCCACUAGGUACGGGGACUGGGAGAGGAAGGGCAGAGUUUCAGAUUUCUAAUUAGCACCGAAAUACUUUAUCAUGUUAUUUUGUAUAGUAAAUAAUUUAUGAACAUUAGUCCUAAAAAUAUUUUAAGUUUUAGUGCAAAGCCAAAUAAACAAUGAAAUAAACUGCUUAUGGUUAUAUUAAACCGAUUGCAAGUUGGCAAACAAAAUAUGAAAAAAAAAAAAAAAAAAAAAGUUUUAGUGUGUAUUUUUGUAGUGUAAUUUAUUUGAUAGCUUUGCUUUAUUUAAAUAUCUAAUUAAAUUUUAAUGCAUAUUCAGCCAGAAAAAAAAUAUAUAUGUUAGGAACUAAAAUAGUAUUGACUUAUUUAAAUGUUGAAGAAAAUUAAACAAUGUGAUAUAUUCAUAUGA